AAGAAUGAAUCCAUAAUUUCUUCAACUCUAUUCCUGGGUGUUUUAUUUAGAGCAACUCAACAGACUGUCAAACAGUGUCUCCACCAUUCUCUAAUAUUCGUUUUUACAUACCGCACCACGAUCAACCGUGUCUCUCACUUUCAUAGUACAACUUACAAAGAGCCAUACGUGAAACUUAUAUAAUAUAAAGAGCAUGGGCGCCAUCUAUUGACAACAUUAAGUCUAUUAGUUUAGGCUAUUGCAACCUUAAAUGAACCACAACCAAUAAUGACCACACGACGGGGGAGGGGGAAUCAUUUCAGGCAGUUCAUGACUGACGUGCGCGACGUUCCUUAACAUCUCACUGAUAGUUCUCAAAACAUGUGGCGAUGUUGUCACCAGUCACGUAUAUGUAUGUACUUAAAGAUUAUAUUCAAUCAAGAACACUAUUAUAACAAAUGAUGAUAAUUGUUUUGUACGAAUAAUAUAUUAUAUCAAAGCUGACUCUGCUUUUCUAUAAUUUAAGUAGAAUUUUAUGUCUUGUGUUUGAACUCGAGAACCUGCUCCGCCUCCGCGGUGGGCCGUACAAAUAUCGCGGAAGCUGGAUGUUUGCGUUCAUGACAGUCAAGGGGAUCUUACUAUUAGCUGGUAGGGAACUGUUUCAAAGCUGGAUUCUCUGAAGAUUUUCAAUCUAUCGUCGUCGCUGUCGGGUGGCGGAUAUUCUGUGAACAUGAAUCCACAAAGCUUGAAGAGUUACGCGCCGAUUAUGGUGAGCAUGAACUACCACAGACCCCUGCACCAUGGCGUCCUGGGGAAAAGCAUUUUGCAGUGUCUCGAUUCGUCUGCAAGAGCCGCAAACACACCCUGUCUGGAGUCCUCCGGGUUAUGGGACGACGAGCUGGACAACUGUACGGACGAGGUGGACGUGUGUCCCUGCUCGACAAGACUCGCCAAAAGGGAUUCUGAAAAAGAGCCGUGUCGGGGAAGCCGGUUGCCCGGGAGCACAAACGCGGUCGGCUCACUGCCGACUUCCCCGGACGGCGACUUGCCAGCUUACGGACCCAUUUGUGGUUUCUCUCGCAGCGCCGUCGAAAUGCUGGACCAAGAGACUAGCGAAUUAAUCACGACUUUCUUCGCCGAAUACACGGGGCUGUGUGCGACAUUACAGAGACGAAACGAGGCGCUCUCCACACUGAAGCGGGUGGUGGCGACUGUUGUCGAAAAACACAAGUUUGCUUACAAUGGUAUGAUUGGAAAACUAAGUUUGAAUCAGCAGAGUGAUGACAUGACCGUAAUCAAAACUGUAGCUGAGAGAAUAUUCAGUGAUGGAACCACAAACUGGGGGCGUAUUGCCAGCCUUGUGGCCUUUGGGGCAGAGGUGUGUAAAUACCUGAAGGAGACUGGGCGGGAGCACUGCGUGGAGGCUGUGGGGAAGCAGAUCUCCUCCUACCUGCUCUCAGAGCAGCGACAAUGGCUACUCAAGAACAAGGCCUGGGAUGGAUUUGUGGAGUUCUUUCAUGUAGAAGACACUGAAUCGUUGGUGAGGAAUGCGCUCUUUGCAUUUGCAAGCGUGGCGGGGAUAGGGGCAGGACUGGCAUUACUGAUCAGAUGAUCAUCCUGGCCACAAAUAAUGUGCAAGACAGUUUGCAGAAUUAAUUUCUCACUACAGAUUGUAAAUUAUUUUUUUUGGUUCCUUUUCCACCAUCCCACUUGAAGGUCCUCCAGAAGGUUCUUGUACAUGUUUCUGAGUGCGGAUCCUUUGAAUUACAUGACCUUAAAGCCUUGUGCAUGUAAACCUUGGAUGGACUACAGAUAUACCGCCUGAUACUGUUUUCAGCAUUUUUUUUAUUUAAUAUUGUCAGAAUUUUAUUUUUAUAUUAAAGUCUUACUUUAACAUUGCUACACUUGUAUUAAAUUAUUAAAUACCAAAUCGCA